AUGCAGGACCCAAGAAGAUCAGCUGAGAAUGAGAAUAGAGAAAAGAUUGGGGAAAAGAGUUUAAGGAGAGAGAUGAGAGGCAAGAAGCGAUUGGGAAAAGCAUCGCCAUUGGACCCCAAGCGCAGCGCUCUUAAACCAUGGCUGGCUGCCCUGCUCCUCGUGUCGUCGCUGACCCUGGCGGCGCUGGCCGGUCUUCUUCUGGCUCACUUCCUGGUCUCUGGUCAGCAACUAGAAUAUUACCAUGGCAUCCUUGAAAGUCCACAUCCCCAAGUCAAUAGUAAUACCAUAAAAAGAAGUGCAUAUCAAGUUAAGGAAUCACAGGAGAUGAGUGAACACUUGGUGGAUGAGAUAUUCACAGAUUUCACUUUGAACAAGCUCUCUAUCAAGAACCAAGUGGUCAGGCCGAUCCCAGAGGAUGAUGGGAAAGCAGAUACUGGUUUGGCAUUCCACAUCCCCUUGACUGUGCCUAGGACAGCAAGAGAGAAGACAAUCGACGGCAUCUUCAAUCAGAAGACUAGAAAGACAAGAGCCCUGCCAAUGAACAUCUCGUCAAUCCAAGCUAAUGCAAUGAGCUCCUCAUCAGGGAAACUAAGAGUCCAGGCAAGCUGUGGUAAACGAGUUACCCCAUUAGUAGUCAACAGAAUAAUGUCUGGGGAACUUGCAGCUAAAGGGGCCUGGCCUUGGCAAGCCUCCCUCCAACGCGGUACUAUCCAUCAGUGUGGAGCCACCUUGAUUAGUAACACGUGGCUUGUCACUGCGGCCCACUGCUUUAAAAGCAACGCCAACCCCCGGCAGUGGACCGUGAGCUUCGGGACCACCAUCAGCCCGCCCCUGAUGAGGAGGGACGUCCGCCGGAUCGUCGUGCACGAGCGCUACCGCUCCCCGGCCAGGGAGUACGACAUCGCGCUCGUGCAGGUCACCCCCCGGGUGGCCUUCACCGCCGACGUCCGCCCCGUCUGCCUGCCCGACGCGUCCGCCGCCCUCCGGCCCAAUGCCACCGUGUACAUCACGGGAUUCGGGGCGCUCUACUACGGCGGGGAAUCCCAAAACAAUCUCCGAGAAGCCAGAGUGAGGAUCAUCAGCAAUACUGUGUGCAAGCAACCACAUGUGUAUGGCAACGACAUAAAAUUUGGAAUGUUUUGUGCCGGAUUUCUGGAAGGAAUUUAUGAUGCCUGCAGGGGUGAUUCUGGAGGGCCAUUAGUUAUCAGAGAUCCUAACGCUACCUGGUAUCUUAUGGGAAUUGUGAGCUGGGGUGAUAACUGUGGCCAAAAGAACAAGCCCGGAGUCUACACACAAGUGACCUAUUACCGACGCUGGAUUGCUUCAAAAACCGGCCUCUAA